CGUUCCUCCCGGGACGGUUGCGCCGCCUCCCAGCGUCACAGACGCGCGGGCCGGGCUCGCCCGGGCCAGGCUGAGCCGUGGGGCUCGGGGCCUCUCGGCUGGGCGGGCAACAAAUGGGGAGGGGAAGCUGCUGUUCUCUCCCCCCAGGCCUGGCAAGGUGCCCCCGUGGGGGAGCUUUUUCAGUUGACCAAAGAAAUGGUGAUGGAGAAGCCAAGUCCCCUGCUGGUCGGGCGGGAAUUUGUAAGGCAGUAUUAUACUCUGCUGAAUCAAGCACCAGACUACCUGCACAGGUUUUAUGGAAAGAAUUCUUCCUACGUCCAUGGUGGCUUGGAUUCCAAUGGAAAACCAGCUGAUGCCGUCUAUGGGCAAUCUGACAUCCACAAGAAGGUGCUGUCUCUGAACUUUAAGGACUGCCACACAAAGAUCCGUCAUGUGGAUGCCCAUGCUACUCUUAAUGAUGGUGUUGUAGUCCAGGUGAUGGGAGAACUCUCCAAUAACAUGCAGCCAGUGCGCAGGUUCAUGCAGACGUUUGUACUUGCCCCUGAGGGUUCUGUUGCAAAUAAGUUUUAUGUCCAUAACGACAUCUUCCGCUACCAAGAUGAGGUUUUUGGUGAUUCGGACACUGAGCCUCCAGAGGAAUCUGAGGAGGAGGUGGAGGAACCUGAGGAAAGACAGCAGACCCCUGAGACGGUUGAUGAUCCCGGUGCGUACUACGAGCAGUCUGUCAGCAAUGACUUGGAGGAACAGCUGGAGGAGCCAGUAGUGGAACCAGAACCGGAGCCUGAACCGGAGCCUGAACCGGAGCCAGAACCAGAAGUGCAGGAAGAAAAAUCUGAGCCAGUAUUGGAGGAAACUGUUCCUGAGGAGACUGUGGAAAAGAGUCCUUCUCCAGUCCCUGCAGACCCUGCUCCUGUGGUGCAAGAGGAUUCCAGGACAUUUUCGUGGGCGUCUGUAACCAGCAAGAAUCUCCCACCCAGUGGAGCUGUUCCAGUAUUGGGAAUACCACCUCAUGUUGUGAAAGUACCAGCCUCACAACCCCGUCCUGAAUCCAAGCCUGAAUCCCAGACUCCACCACAGAGGCCUCAGAGGGUGAGGGAGCAACGAACAAGCAUCCCACCACAAAGAGGGCCUAGACCAAUUCGUGAAGGUGAGCAGGGUGACAUGGAAACUAGACGGAUUGUUAGGUACCCAGACAGUCAUCAGCUAUUUGUUGGAAACCUUCCUCAUGAUGUGGAUAAAACUGAACUGAAGGACUUCUUCCAAAAACUUGGCUCCUCUCUUGCAGAUUAUGGGAACGUUGUGGAACUCCGCAUCAACAGUGGUGGGAAGCUCCCUAACUUUGGGUUUGUGGUAUUUGAUGAUCCUGAACCGGUUCAGAAGAUCCUUAGCAAUAGGCCCAUCAUGUUCAGGGGGGAGGUGCGUUUGAACGUGGAGGAGAAGAAAACACGAGCUGCCAGGGAGGGUGACCGCAGAGACAACAGACCACGUGGACCUGGAGGCACUCGGGGAGGGCUGGGGGGUGGGAUUCGAGGGCCUCCACGUGGAGGCAUGUCUCAGAAACCAGGAUUUGGAGCUGGAAGGGGCGUCGGGCAACGUCAGUGAAUGCAUCAAGGAUGUUGGCAUGGUGGCACAAACCCUUGUUCCUGCAGAUUUGUGAAUUUCAGCCUUGGGUAUCUUGGAAUGUGGCCCUAGCCUGUUAUAGACUGCUACGUUUGAUACUAUUUUGGCCCCUUUUUGUUUGUUGUUAUGGUUUUGUGAUUUUUUUUUCCUAGUCCUUGUCCCAGAUUCCAGCUUUGUGGAACAAUAUUUUAGGAAAAGUGGAUUUUAAAAAGAAAAGAACUGAAGUUCCUUGCUCACUGCAAACUUAACGGACUGGAUUUUUUUUUUUUUUGUACCAGUGGUCUUUCCUAAAGGAAUGUGUGGUUGGUUUUUUUGUUUUUGUUUUUUCCCUCUCUAUACUGAAAUUGUGUGCGUUUCAGUCAGUGGAAUAAUUUUUCACCUGCAUGUGUUCAAGAGCCUGUAGGAAAACCUAGCACUUGGCAAGCAUUUCAAGGCAGGAGAAACUAUUGUUUGUCCCUUGAGGGUCAUGUGCACAUCCUCUGGUCUGGCCAUGUUGCCACUUGGAAAAUUGACAUUCACUCUUCUCUCUGUGGCGCUGUAAAGUGGAAUAAAGGGUAUCCAUAGAAUCUUUUUUCUUUUGAUACAUGAUCACGAAAAGGAAUUCUAACUACUGUUUUACCACUUACAAAUUUUGGAUUGUGGGAUAGGUUUUAAAUGUCUAGAACUUGACUCUUAAAACAUUUUUCCUGAACUUGUGAAAUUUUUUAUUGAAAUAGGGAGUUUUUUUUCAUGUUUUAGUUUGUAUUUGUAAAAAAAAGAAAAAAGAAAAAAAAGAAAAAAAAAAAAAGCAAAAUUGUUGUGCCUUCUAUUUAUCUCUCAUUCCAGUCUUGGCAAAUUGUUAAAAAAAUAAAAAAAAGUCUAGAUUUGCUUUAUCAA